CGACUUCCCGCGCCAGAAAGAACUGGGCAUCUCUCUGGCAGCUCUCUACUCAAGUGAGUGGUAAGCGUUUUUGUGGAUGCGCUUGAAAUGUUUAUCAAGGAGGUGGUCAUAGAAGGAUUUCGUUCUUAUCGUCACAAGACCGUAGUAGCAGACCUUAACGAGAGGCACAAUGUAGUUGUGGGAAGGAAUGGCUCGGGAAAGAGCAAUUUCUUUUAUGCUGUGCACUUUGUUUUGAGUGAUGAGUUUCGUCGUAUGAGUGAUGAGCAGCGGGCACAACUGUUGCAUGAGGGAAGUGGUGCUGAACCAACAGUGAUGAAGGCUUAUGUCCAGAUCACAUUUGAUAACACAGACCAGCGGAUAUCUUUUGAUGGUUCCAAUGAACUAGUUAUUCGCCGUGACUUGAUGAUGAAGAAAGAUCAAUAUUAUGUCAACAAGAAGAGCAUGAGUCAUGAAGAAGUAAUGGGUCUUCUUGAAAUGGCAGGUUUUUCGAGGCAGAACCCAUACUACAUUGUGAAGCAAGGAAAGAUUGUGCAGCUGGCAACUGCCCCUGAUUCUUACAGACUGAAGUUGUUACGAGAAGUAGCUGGCAUUUCCCUGUAUGAUGAAAGAAAAAAGGAAAGUGAGCAUCUGCUCAUUGAAACAGAAUCAAAACGGGCAAAGAUUGGUGAGAUAAUGGAAGACAUUGCAGAACGAUUGACAAACCUGGAGCAAGAGAUGGCUGAACUGAGAGAGUUUCAGAAACUGGACAAAGAGAGAAGGUGUCUUGAGUAUGCAAUUUCAGACACAGAACUUAGAGACACAAAAGACAAAUUGAAAGCUGUUGAUGACCAGAUGCAGCAUGAGACUGGAGCAAGGCACGGGGUUACACAGAGACAGAUGGAAGUGGCAGAUGAGAUAGAAAGUUUGGAAAAUCAAGAGAGGGACAUGAAGAACCAGAUAGAUCAGGCAGUUGUUGAGACUCAACAGUUAAGGAGACAGAUUGAAGCUCAGGUGAAAGAAAAGGCUAAGUUGUCACUGCAGAUUGAAGAUAUUUCAACAUUGCAACUAGAAGAUGAGAGACAAAAGGAAGCUGCUGCUGCAGAAUUGGAGCAACUUGAUGACAAGAUUACUGGAGCUAGAGCUGGCUUAGAAAAACUACUGCCUGACUUUAAUUCUGUAGUGGAAAGAGAGGCUCAGACACUACAACGGUUGGUAGAGUGUAAGGAAAGACAGUCAGCUCUUUAUGCCAAACAAGGUCGACACAGACAAUUUCAAACCCAACUUGAACGUGAUGAGUGGAUAAGAGAGGAAGUAGAAGAAUUGGAACGAGACUUAGCACAAAAACAGAAUGAAGUACGUUUGUUGACACGUGAUCUUAUGCAGCUAAACGAGAAAAACACAUUCCUGGCAGAAGAGCAGCAGGAGAGAACUGAUCAAAUAACUCAACAAAGGAACACUUUUGGAAACACGAAUAAAGACCGGGUUGAGAAGAAAAAACGAAUUGAUGCUUUGGAAAAUGAGAGAAAGUAAGAAUAAAAAUAAU